AUGGCUUCUACAGAUUCUGGCAUGGAAAAAUUUAAAGGUACAUGGGAUUUUGUAAAUAGUGAAAAUUUUGAUGAAUGCUUACGAGAAAUGGGUAUUUCAUGGUUAAUACGUCAAGCUGCAAAAGCUGUAACGAAAGAAAAAAUGACCAUUAGUACAGAUAAUAAUGGGAAAUGGACAGUGAAAUCCGAAUCAACAUUUAAAACUACAGUGUAUGAGUUCACAUUAGGCGUUGAAUUUGAUGAAGUACGUGCAGAUGGAGCAGAAGUAAAAUCAACAAUAACAUAUGACAAUGAGACUGGUCGUUGGAUUCAUAACGCAAUUGAUAAACAAGGAAAGAAAGUGCAUCUUGAACGAUUUAUUGAUGAUGAAGGUCAACAACAAGUUGAAUUCACAUGUGGUCAUGUUAAAGCUCGACGUUGGUAUAAAAGAAUAGAAUAA